GUGAAAGAAGCAUAGAAGCAAGUGUGAAUUCAAGAAGAGGGAGAACAGGUUUUAUGAAGAAAAAAAACGCUGCGGUUUAACACUAAAACGGGUCAGCACCGUGUAGAGACAUGCGAUCACCUGAACCGAAGCCUAAUCUCUGUAACUGUGGUGUAGUAGUGCUUUCUUGCUUUUUCUUGCCACUUCCUUGACUCAAGGAAAAUAGAGAGAGCGUUUGCUCUUAUAGGACCAGCAGCUGAUUUUCCUCUAUCAGCAAGAUUGUGAAUGUUUCAUUGAAUUACCCCCAAAUCUCUAGAGACAUACAAGAGGAAGCCCUGGACAGUCAGGAACCAUGGCUUUACAUGGUAUUUGUGGAAUAUUUGUAGUCCUCAGUGUUGGUCUGAUUUCCUUCACACCAAGUUGUGAUGGAGGAAACAUUCUGGUAUAUCCAGUAGAUGGAAGCCACUGGAUCAAUAUGAAGAUCUUGCUGGAAGAACUUCACGCCAAGGGGCACAACCUCACUGUGAUAAGGGCCUCCAACAGCUGGUACAUCGCAAAAAAGUCUCCUCUCUACACAUCCAUUACCUUAAAAAUGGAAAUAGGUUUUGAGGAAUUUUUUGAUGUGUUCCUGCAGGAGCAUAUGAGGGCACAGAUUGAGCGGGCUUCAGCACUUACUUUCUUCAAACUUACCAAGGAUUUCCUUUCUAUGAUUUCUACAGCCCAUUCAUUGUUGUGUGAUACCCUCAUCAAAAUGCUCGAUGAUGAAAAGAUGAUCAAAAGCUUAUUGGAUUCCAAAUAUGAUCUUGUUCUCACUGACCCAGCUGUAGCAUCAGGGGCUGUACUGGCCAAGUUUCUCAAACUGCCCAUGGUCCUCAACGUUCGCUGGAUCACCAGUGGAGAAGGCCACUUUGCGCUAGCCCCCUCACCACUCUCUUACAUCCCAGUGCCAGGAUCGGGCUUAACAGACAAAAUGAACUUCAUCCAGAGGGUCAAGAACAUACUUUUCUACAGCAUUAUAGUUUUCCAGCAGAAAUUCUUGGUGGGGCCAGGCUAUGACGCUAUCUGUGAGAAAUAUAUUGAGGGUGGAUGUGAUGUUUUCUCGAUUCUUCAGGAAGCAGACAUUUGGCUGUUUAGGUCAGAUUUUGUGUUUGAAUUCCCUCGGCCCACAAUGCCAAAUGUUGUCUAUAUAGGAGGGUUCCAGUGUAAGCCAGCCCAACCUUUGCCAGCAGACUUGGAAGAUUUUGUUCAGAGUGCUGGGGAGCAUGGAGUGAUCGUCAUGACUCUGGGAACUUUGGUUAAUGCCUUGCCCAAAGAUGUUGCAGAUGGAAUCGCCAGUGUCUUUGCCAAGAUGCCUCAGAAGGUAAUAUGGAGGCACAAAGGAGAGCGUCCAUCUACUCUGGGCAACAACACCCUGUUAGUGGACUGGAUGCCACAGAAGGACCUUCUGGGCCACCCACAGACCAAAGUCUUUGUAGCUCAUGGAGGAACCAAUGGAGUCCAGGAAGCAAUUUACCAUGGAGUCCCUGUGCUUGGCAUACCCUUGUUCUUUGACCAGUAUGAUAACCUUCUACGUCUGCAGGAGAGAGGAGCUGGGAAGAUCAUUGAGCUAGGUGAUGUCAACAAACACAGUUUUGAGCAAGGUAUUAACGAAGUGCUCCAUCAAGACAGCUACAGACAGAACAUGCAAAGACUGUCACGUUUGCACAGAGACCAGCCAAUGGCACCCAUGGAUCAGGCCAUCUUCUGGGUGGAAUAUGUGAUGCGCCAUAAGGGUGCUCCUCACCUGCGUACAGAGGCCUAUAAGAUGCCCUGGUACUCAUACUACUGUUUAGACGUCCUGCUACUAUUGCUGACUGUAGCAACUGUACUGCUGUUUUCUACUGUGGCCAUUUUCAGGUUCCUAUGCUGCAGAAGUAGAAGAAAGACCAAAACCAAACAACACUGAUACACAUCAAUUCAUUUUAUUGAGAUAUAUGCUACAGUGAGAUUAGAAUGAGCACUGUUUUCAGACAAAAACAUACAUCUGAAGGUAUCAUUUGUCUGUAUUUAUCAUCUAUUAAAUAACAUGACGGUCAAUGCAGUCAAUUGAUUUAGACACAUUAAACACUCAUAUAGUUUAGGUAAUGUAUGCUUUUGCUUUUUUGCUUUCUGCAAUUUAACCAAUCAAAUUUAUUUGUCACGUCAUAAUCAUAUAAAGUACAAUUAUAGUGAAAUGUAGCCCAACCAAUCUGUACAUUUGAAUAGUACAAUAGUUUGAAUUAAAUGUAUGUUUGUGAUUCUUUAAGCCUCAUUCUUGCAGUGUCUGGGCUAAAUGUCUUUCUCGGUAGAGCACUGCUCAUAGUAUGUAGCCGAGCUAACCACUUUUUGCACAGUUUGCGCUCUGUUGCAUUAUGUUUCUGUACCAUGCAAUGAUAUUCUUGAUAGUGCACAAGUAGAAAUUCUUGAGUAUUUGAGAAGAUAGUGGAAUUUCCUCAAAUGUAUGAGGUGAAGGAGUCUCUGACUUGCCUUACUCACCAUAGAGUCAGUAUGGAGGGCCCAGUAUCAGGCCCUUGUCGCUGAACAUAACGUUUCUCCACAUGUUCAGGUGGCAGGCUGUUGUGGCUGUAUAUGGUUCUUCCACAUGUUACUGAGGCUUCUGUUUGUUAAAUGAAUAAAAUGAUAAAUUGCCAA